AUGUGGCCCUACUAUCCCAGUCCAAGGCGGAAAUCUAGCGGGUCGACUCCAUCUCCGUCUACGGACAGACCAGCGGCCAGUCCUGCUUUCGCUGAAUCUCCUCAAUCUAUCGCUCGAACGAUUCACUCCAGUCCAGUCGACUCACCUCAUCUGAACCAUCGUCCGAGUCUGACUCGUGUAGAUGAAGACACUUCAAGGACCUCAUCGCAGGAUGAGCCGGUAGUUAGAGAUUACGCUCCAGGAGUAGGCCUGCAGCUCCCGGAACAAGAUACCGAUCAUCGCACACAACAGACGCAUUCUGACAGUUUCAUCUACAUCUCCGAUACCGACUCUGCAUCGGCGCAGGAUGUCCCAACUCUCCAGAGACCUCCGCAACUACACAGAAGAUCAUCCCCCAAGAAGGCAAGUGCCGCAUCGCUACCGCCUGCGACCAUUCACGAUGAUUUCCUCUCCAAAUUCAUCACGCCUCUCUCCCUGGCAGAUGACGAUCGGCCAGGUCUCGAGCGUUCCGCUUCUGCUCCCGGGAUCGCCGGGAGUCCUCUUCAGCCUUCUCCUCUGAGCAUAGAUCCGAGCUCCCUGGACGGGAAGCCGAUCUUUGAUAUAUUCAAUGCGAAUAUUUCUCCUUCCGCCGAGGAGAUGGUCAAAGUCCUAAAAGGUCACUUGGAAGGCGUUUUACGGGUACAAGAAGAGAUCGGACGCUUACAUAUAAGUCUGGAGAAAGUUGGAGAGGAGUUCGAGGCUCCUCAGUCUGCGAAAUCGGCCGGAACGUCAAAACCAGUCGGAACGCCUCAAUCGGAACAAUCAACACCGCCAAGGGCGAAUCGCUCUUCAAAAGCUCCAACUCCAUCGGGUGCUUCCAAGGGAUCGGACCCGGACGACACCGUGGCUAAGCGAGAGAAAGGCGUGGAGGAUAUCAUGGAUAGACUGGGCCAACUCAGUGAAAGAUUACGAGCGUACCACGCUUUGGGUACCCCUCAAUUGUCUUUCCCGAAAUCUGGAAACACCCCCAAUCCUUCUGGCAAACAAGGCACAACACUCGACCCAUUGUCAGCCAAUAUGAGACGAUCAAAUUCGCGAAAAGACGGUCAGACGUUUUCGCCUUUACGGCCUAGUCCGUUACGACAGGUGGGCGAAGCGGGACGUUCGACCAGUGGUCUGGCAGGCAAACGAUCUUCAUCGACGCUUGGCCUCUCAAGUCAAGGGAUGACUGAGAUAUCGGGAACGGUGACGCGGGAAUCGACAGAUACAAGAUCAAAGCGAUUAUCUCUCGAAGAAGGGCAAGCUGGGUCCUCGCCCUCUACUGAACGGAGGUCCCGAGGAGAUGAAGCUUGGUAUGAGCAUAUGCGGCCACGGUCUCGCGGCCCGGGCUCACCUAAUGCAUUGGAAGAGGAAGGAUAUGAGAUGUUUGAUCGCUCACGACCAUGGUAG